GUCUUUUUGUAACUUGAUGCAAGUCAUGUGUUAAGUCCAUGUGUGUUCAGCUGAAAAGUCAGUUGCCCUUAUUCAAGCAGCUUCUCUCAGGAAGAUAAGCAAGUCUGUUGGGACCAAGAAGUGAGAAGAACCCAUCAAAACCUUCCAAUAGGGAUACUUUUACGUUCUCUGCCCUACACCCUGACAGAGGAGAGGAAUGGGCUGUAACAGAAACUGUGGGCUCCUCAGUGGGGCCAUCAUCGGUGCUGUGCUGGCUAUCUUUGGAGGAGUGCUGAUACCAGUUGGAGACCACCUUAUAGGCAAAGCUAUAAAAAAGGAAGCUGUCAUUGCAAAUGGUACCAUUGCUUUUCAAAAUUGGCUUGUGCCAGGAAGUUCAGUUUACAGGCAGUUUUGGAUCUUUGAUGUGCAAAAUCCUUCAGAGGUGUUAGAGAGAGGAGCGCGUCCAAAGCUUGAACAAAGAGGACCUUACACAUACAGGGUGCGGUAUUUACCCAAGGAGAACAUCACGGAAAACUCCGAUGGCACAAUAUCCUACAUGCUGCCUAAUGUUGCUCGUUUUGAGCCUGACAUGUCUGUCGGGACAGAGAACGAUACCUUCACAGUCCUCAACCUGGCUGUUGUUGCUGCACCUUCCUUGUAUACAAACGCUUUUAUACAGCUACUAUUAAACACUUGGAUUAAAUCUUCUAAAUCAUCAAUGCUGCAGAACAGAACAGUGAAAGAGCUGCUGUGGGGAUACAAAGAUCCUUUCUUAAACAAAAUCCCCUUCCCUGUGGACCCAGUUCUAGGAGUCUUCUACCCGUAUAAUGGGACAUCUGAUGGACUUUACAGAGUCUAUACUGGGACAGAAGAUAUUACAAAGACAGCAAUAAUUGAAAGCUAUAAAGCCAAAAGGAAUCUUUCAUACUGGGAAGGUUACUGCGAUUUGGUUAAUGGCACAGAUGGGGCAUCAUUCCCACCAUUUGUUAAGAAGAAUCAGGUACUGCGCUUCUUCUCCUCCGACAUUUGCAGGUCGAUCUACGGAGUUUUCCAGAGCAAGCAGAAAGUGAAGGGAAUCCCGCUGUACCGUUUCGCAGUUCCACGGGAAGCAUUUGCAUCACCUACUGAAGUUGAAGACAAUUAUUGUUUCUGUACAGAUAGAGCUGUAUCACAGAACUGCACAUUAGCUGGAGUUCUAGACAUUAGUGCCUGCAAAGCAGGAAGACCUGUAUUCAUCUCUCUUCCACAUUUUCUUCAUGCAAGUGACUCUAUAUUGCAUGAUGUUGAAGGCUUGAGCCCAAAUGAGAAGGAGCAUGAGACAUAUCUAGAUGUAGAGCCUACUACUGGCUUUACACUACAAUUUGCAAAAAGACUGCAAGUAAACCUCCUUGUGAAGCCUGCACCAAAAAUAGAAGCUUUAUCAAAAGUUAACAAAUCUUAUGUCUUUCCUCUUCUUUGGCUAAAUGAGUCAGCUGUUAUUGGUGAUGAGAAAGCAGAAAUGUUCAGAACCAAAGUCACUGGGCCAGUCUACUUUUUGAAUGUGCUGCAGCUGUCCUUACUGAUCACAGGUUCUGUGCUGUUCCUGGCAUUCAUGGGUUCCUACUUCGCAUGCAGACCAACGGAAAUGAAAUAGAUAAUGAAAAGUCUUCAGAAGUAGUCAAUGUUUAAGUGAAGUUUCAGUCCAGCAGAAUAUUAAAAUUCAAAGACAAAAUGUAUGAUCCAAGGCACAGCCAGUCCACACGCCGUGGAAUUCAACAUGCUUUUCCACUUUGAGAAGCCCAACUAGCUAAGCCUAGCAGGCUGAUGUGCUAAGGUUCAAAACGUUGAGAUCACUGAAGAGGCCACGAUGGAAACUAUGCUGUCAGAUAGCUCUGAUUGUUUGAACCUUGUUACAAAUGUUAAAUGACAUGCAAGCAGACUGAAGGUGAGGUGCGGUUGGACUUUAGUCCACCUUCUGCCUGGGUUUUUUGUUUGUUUGGUUGGUUGGUUUUGGAUUUGCAAGACAGAGGAAAGUUGUUUGCUGAUGUUCUGUCUCUGAGCACAGGCUGGGAAUGACAACACCUUUGAGCUCAGGCUGUGCUCUAGAUGCUUUCGUUGCAAUGUUUGUUUGUGUUCUGUCAAGGAGUGGAAGCUGCUGUAAUAGACCUGCUCUCUGUCCUCUAUUCAGGGAUGUGUGAAUUGCACCGAAUGUGAAGUUUGUGAUGUAAAAUUACUAACUGUAAUACACAAAGUUAAUAAAAAACCUUACUAAAAUAUGUGGUCUAUACAUUUUAAAUGGAGCUGGCUUCUAGACACACCACAGUCAUUCAUAUGUUAAUGGAGCUCAUGAACAUUUGGCUCCACAUCUGUUUAGUUAUCUGAACAACUCCCUGACUCCCAGCCUGCUUCAUUGCUCUUGCUUUCUCUAUGCCUUUCUUUCUGGCUUUUGCUUGAACGCUAACCUCUGCUCUCUCUUAACCCCACUUUGCCCAAGGCCUCCCUUAAAGGUCAAGAGAAGAUAGUCCAGAAUACUUUCUAGACACAAGAAAGACUGAUAGUGAUUUCAGUCCAACAUUGCAGGGUUCUGCCUCCUUGCUAUAGAAGAACAUAAAUGAAAACUGUUAGCCCCAGCUCCUUGCUGAUAUUUGUAACUGAACCAUCUGCCACAAGGAAAUUGUGCAACCAUUUGUUUAAUGAGGUGCAUCAGCCUCAUUAGAGCAGGUAGCAAACACUGCCAUCUGCAUGGAUGGUUUGUUUUUGUAUUCAAUAUGAAUGCCAUAUUUUAGAAAUGAGAGUUAGUGAGGCACAUAUUAAGUGUUGUGAGGUCUCUUCUUUUCCUGUGGACUCACUGAAUUCAGAAUGAGAGCCUAAUUUCAGUACUUUUAAAGAUUCCCCCCCCCCCAAAUAGCUGCAAAGAAAAAGGAAGAUUAAUCAUGUCCAGCCUCUCAUAGCCUGGUGUUUGAAAAUAAUGCUACAAUAGACUUAAAAUUAGAGAGGUUUAUCUUUCUAGUAAAGGACUGUCUUUUGUCUGAGGAUUUUUAGUGAGGUGGUUGCCCCCUUUGGAAAUAAAAGGGAAAGCCCAAUAGACUAAGGUGCUACCAAUAAAUCUAAUAAAUCACAGAAAUCCCCCAAGAUUAUUCUUGAAGGCAGGGUCAACGUGGUAUGUAGCUGCACCCUCUUUCUUUCCAGCCACGGGCUGGAAAUGCAGAGUAACAGGAGACAAGACACUCAAGGGGAGCUCUGCUCCCAUCUAGACAGCCUGUGCCUUUGAUUGCUCAUGGUGCUUUCCAGCCAAUAAAAAAACAAGACCUUUUUCUCACCUCUACAUUAUUGCUCUGUUCUCAUAUUAGUCUGGCGACAGUCUGACACAACUGAAGGUAUCCCUAGAGUCCCAGGGGCUAGGCUGAAAUGUGUAAGAGCAGCUAACAUCAUUAUGCCACCUUCUCUGAAACACAGUGGUUCAAGAGCUGACACCAAGGUUUUGUUCCAAAACUAACAUUUGUGCCAGAAUCUGCCAUGGAGAUCUUUUUGUGAAAGGUAACAGCAAUGCUUCUGUUGGUUUUUUGCUACUCAAGCAUUUAAUCUUCAUCGGCCACUGUCUACAAGUUAGUGCUUGCUGUGCUGGUGUUGGUCAGUGCAAUGUGGUGCUCCAGCAGGAGCAGUCCAGCAAGUCAGGCUGUGAUUUUCACUGUCUCAGGGCCCAGUUUUGCAGUCACCCAAACUGUUUGUUCAUCUCUGUCAUCUCAAUGCAGGUUUGGACUCUGAAACUGUGUGCAGCACCUAGACUACACUUGAAUUAGUGGUUAGUUUGUCCAAAGCAUCAGUUACAGCUCUUGUUAAUCCAUGUUAUUAAGGCUAAUGUUCAGUAUUUACAUUUGUCCAAGAAAUGCAGGAUGAACAUUUAUUAGGACUGUUAAUGAACUCAAUGCAAAUAAAAUAGAACUCAAGCUCUUCUUUCUAAGAUCUUCAUGUCUAUUUGUAAAUAAAGUCUUCUAUGUUGAAUAAUGAA